AUGCUUGUACGAGUACGUUGUACGCUCAGCGAUAUCCUUAUAGAAGACAUCCAAUCCAAGUUGUUAAUGGUUUUCAAGUUACAGGCAAAGAGUAGAAAUGAGGAUGUCAAUGGUGACGAUUGCAAAAGGCGAUGGAGAAACAUCAAGGAUACCUAUUUUAGAAACAGAAAAAAACGUAAAUUUCGGACCGGUUCAGCAGCAUCUGAACGAGUAAUAAAGUGGACCCUUUACGAUCGGCUUUCCUUUCUUGAUGUUAUUAAGCAUGAACGAGAAUCAAAAAAUACCUUGACGGAAGAAGAGGAAACUCCAGCUUACAGCGAGACGGACUACGAAAUCCAACCAACCGAUGAAUCAACAUUAGACGAUUCUGAUUUACUAGACGAAUAUUCAACCCCAUCCACAUCUCGUCGAACUUCAGACGCAAUGAAAUUGAAUAAAGGGCUGAAUAAGAAUCCUUUUCAACAAAACUGUGGGAAAAGAUCGCAGCCCCGAGUGUCAAAACUAAAUACCAUGGCUCAAUUUGAAGAGAGAGCUCAGAAGCGAAUGGAGCUCCUUGAAUCUAUCCACAAAAAAAAACAUUUCAAAUUCAGAAGAUGA